AUGGAGGAUGGUUCUAUGCCAAUUUGGCGCACAGGCACAAACCAGCCGCUCCUGUCAGCGCGGACUUGUGGGAGCUUUGUCUACCCCGUAGUCCGUGCAGGUGGUCCAAAUUGCCGAGUUGUGGCUUGUUGUGUUUCUACCCAAGUUGCCAAGGUCUGGUCUAGAAAUUUAGCCUUCUGCAUGAUCGAGAUUGAUGCGGCGGUGUCGAAUCCUUCCCGCUGCGUCUCCCACGUGAAUCUGGGAAUAGGGACCCACGUUACAGCUGAAAAAGUUAUCUUUGCUCGGCGGAAAGUGGGUUCGAAUCCUGCUCCCUCCACCUCCUCCCCGCUUACCGUGGCAAGGAUAACCCGGCUGGCUAUCGACAACAACCACCCGCCUGUGCCGUCGAGCCCACACUUGUUGGGAACUUCGUCUCCAUGGCUACAAACGACCGACAGCUCCGCUGUUUGGACACAGGCCCCUCUCGAUGAAGAGCCGUCAACUGCCGUCAGACGAAUCCUCCGUGCGCCUGAAGGCACGGGGUCGCGUCAGUGA